AAAGUGGUUCGCUUAUGAAGCAAUGCGAUUUUUAGAUACAAAAAACGACCACAUACUAAGAAAAAACAAAGAUGUAUCACCGACGCGCGGGCCCGUUUCACCAUUGUCAGUAUACUAUCAAAACGUGGGAGGCUUACGCUCAAAACUAAUCGAAUUACGACUUGCACUAUCCAAUUGCAAAUAUGACAUAAUUGUCUUUACUGAAACAUGGCUCAACGAAAGCAUACCCUCCAGCUACUUUAGUGAUGAGCGCUAUGUGAUCUUCCGGUGGGAUAGAAAAAAUAGUCCAUUUAAUCGUGGUGGAGGUGUACUCAUUGCUUGCCGAUCGACUCUAGGCCCCGCCAAAAUGGAACCCGUCGACCAUGCCAUCGAGCAAGUUUGGGUGAGACUAACAAGGACAAAUCCGACGAUCGUGCUUGGUGCAAUUUACCUGCCUUCUGUCGGGGUAUGCAACGUCACGACGAAUGAUGUGCUGUCUAAAAGCAUUCACGAUAUCACGUGCCUCACAACCAAGAACGAUAUGAUCUUUGUAAUGGGAAAUUUCAAUCAACGUUGUAUUUCAUGGACCGGUCCACGGACUUUUUCGGACAAAGAUAGCAACGCUACUUUCGAUUAUUACGAACCGAUCCGGGAACCCACGGGCAGUUUGCAUUUUGUGAACGCCAUAGACAGCAAUAAACUUUUACAACUAAGCAGCAUAAAAAAUCCCAACGAACGACAACUCGAUUUGGUGUUUGGUAACAUACCUGCCGCGAAGGCAUGUUCUGAAGUACAGAAGUCUGAAGCGCCAAUUAUGAAAGUUGAUCCACAUCAUCCGGCGCUACAAAUGUCCAUCUCCGUACAUCCAACCGGCAUCUUCAACCUUAGUAAAUCACACGCAGAUAGUUAACACAGGUUCGCCA